UUCUGGGGAGAGCUGAUGAGGAAAGACAACAGGGACAGAAGGAACAGACAGAGAGACAGGGACAGAGAUAGCUACCUAGAUACACUGUAGGUAGGCUGUGGAAGGGGGCAUAUUUUUGGUUUAUAUUCGUAAACAUUUUCACUCACUUUUCUAAAUGAGACACUGAAGGAUGUUGAUGAUCAGUUACUAGACCUGGGUACCUCUGCUGGGACGGGAUCAGUUUGACAUGUCGCUGAUACUGACUGUGUUAGACAAGUUGACGUACUUCCUGUCUUUAAUUACGUUUUGCGUCAGUGUAUCUCAUGGCUGGUUGAAAUGAGACUAGAUCAUUCCUUUAAUCUUCAUUUGGGGCCUGAGAAUUACAUGGUGUCAGUGUAUCCAAUGGGCUAUUGCUAAUUUCUGAGUUCAAUCCAUUCUGUAGAGAUGUUUUCCCGUGUGAGUUCAUUAGGAUGCUUUUAUCCACAGGCGUGGGAUACCUGUCACCUCUGUCUGUGACCGGAGACAGUGAGCCACCUGUGAGAGAUCAACACCAUGUCACUACAGCGGAUGCUGAAGCUGCUCUAUGCGCUGGUGCUGUGUGUGUCCGCCAACGAAGACUUCGACUGGACCAAGAAUGAACGCGGAUCAUUCUACUACGGCACCUUCCCAACUGGGUUUUCCUGGGGGGCUGGGGGCUCUGCGUACCAGACAGAAGGAGCCUGGGACAAGGAUGGCAAAGGGAUGAGCAUCUGGGACGUGUUCGCCCACAAGAAGGGAAAGAUCUUCCUCAACGACACCGCAGACCACUCCUGCGAAGGAUAUUACAAGUUCAAGGAUGACAUCACCUUGAUGAAGGACAUGAAGUUUAACCACUAUCGUUUCUCCAUCUCCUGGCCAAGGAUAUUUCCCAACGGAAUCAAAGCUGAUCACAUCAAUGAGAAGGGAAUUAAAUACUAUGAUGACCUGAUCAACAUGCUCCUGGACAAUAACAUCACACCAAUAGUCACCCUGUACCACUGGGAUCUGCCACAGGUCUUACAUGAGAAGUACGGUGGAUGGCAGAACGCCAGCAUGGUGAACUAUUUCAACGACUUUGCCAACUUAUGCUUUGAGCGGUUUGGUGACAGAGUCAAAUACUGGAUCACCUUCAACAACCCAUGGUCUAGUGCUGUGGAGGGCUAUGAGACUGGAGAACAUGCACCUGGACUGAAGCUGAAGGGCACUGGGGCCUACAAAGCUGCCCACCACAUUAUCAAGGCACAUGCUAAGGUUUGGCACACCUAUGACACUCAAUGGAGAAGCAAACAAAAAGGCUUGGUUGGGAUCUCGUUGUUGGCAGACUGGGGGGAGCCAGUGGACAUCACCAACCAGAGAGACAUCGAGGCAGCAGAGAGAUAUGUCCAGUUCUACAUGGGCUGGUUCGCUACACCCAUCUUCAACGGGGACUACCCUCAGGUCAUGAAAGACUACAUAGGUAGGAAGAGUGCCCAGCAGGGUCUAGGAACCUCCCGUCUCCCCGUCUUCUCCUCCCAGGAGAAGACUUACAUCAAGGGCACCUGUGACUUCCUGGGUAUUGGCCACUUCACCACGCGCUAUAUCACCCAGAAGAACUACCCGUCUGGCCGUGGGAACAGCUACUUCACCGACCGUGACCUGGUGGAGUUGGUGGACCCUCGCUGGCCAGACCCCGGCUCUGAGUGGCUCUACUCUGUCCCCUGGGGAUUCAGACGCCUGCUCAACUUCGUCAAGACCCAGUAUGGGAACCCCAUGAUCUACGUGACAGAGAAUGGGGUGUCAGAGAAGGUGCAGAGGUGCACAGACCUGUGUGAUGAAUGGAGGAUGCAGUACUUCAAGGAUUACAUCAAUGAGAUGCUCAAGGCCCUUAAGGACGGCGUGAACGUGAAGGGUUACACAGCCUGGUCGCUGCUGGACAAGUUUGAGUGGGACGAAGGCUUCUCUGAGAGGUUUGGCCUGUUCUACGUGGACUUCCUCAACAAGAAUAAACCACGUUACCCAAAAGCCUCUGUUCAGUACUACAAACGCAUCAUCAGCUCCAAUGGAUUCCCCAACCAGAGAGAGGUGGAGAGCUGGAGAAGGAAAGCCACAGAGACGUGCUCCUCCAGUAACCAGCUGCUAGCUGCAGAUCCGUUGACCAGCCACAUGGAGAUGGUAACAGAGAUCGUGGUUCCUACAGUGUGUACUCUCUGUAUUCUCCUGGCCGCUGUCUUCCUCAUGUUCCUGCUGCGUGGACGCUUCUAGAACACUGCUGUCUUCCUCAUGUUCCUGCUGCGUGGACGCUUCUAGAACACUGCUGUCUUCCUCAUGUUCCUGCUGCGUGGACGCUUCUAGAACACCUCUGUCUUCCUCAUGUUCCUGCUGCGUGGACGCUUCUAGAACACUGCUGUCUUCCUCAU